UCGGAAUCGUGUUCGAAUCAUCUCUGCUAUGCUUCUCGUGCUGAUUCGCACUCAGCACGGUUUCAGCCAAUCAGAGGGUGGCUCUGAAGUCACUCACUCUCACGUAAAAUGGCGACGGCGGAGCCGGAAUUAAACUCAGUUUCUUGUAAGAGUGAAGAGGAGAACUCGGAAGAGACGAAUCGGGAGAUUGUCAGCCCUGAGAGCUACAUCAAACACCCCUUACAGAACAGAUGGUCUUUAUGGUUCUUCAAAAAUGACAAGAGCAAAACAUGGCAGGCUAAUCUGAGACUGAUCUCCAAAUUCGACACAGUCGAGGAUUUCUGGGCGCUUUAUAACCACAUUCAGCUCUCCAGUAACUUGAUGUCAGGAUGUGACUACUCACUUUUCAAGGAUGGUAUUGAGCCUAUGUGGGAGGAUGAGAGGAAUAAGAGAGGAGGCCGCUGGCUCAUGACUCUCAACAAGCAGCAGAGGAAGUAUGACCUGGACCGCUUCUGGUUGGAAACUCUGCUGUGCCUCAUCGGUGAGGCCUUUGACGACUACAGCGAUGAUGUGUGCGGGGCUGUUGUCAACAUCCGAACUAAAGGAGACAAAAUCUCUGUCUGGACAACUGACUACGAGAACAGAGAGGCUAUAACGCACAUAGGGAGGGUGUACAAGGAACGAUUAGGCAUCCCUAUGAAUAUGACCAUUGGCUACCAGUCUCAUGCUGACACGGCCACUAAGAGUGGCUCCACCACUAAGAACAAGUUUGUGGUCUGAAUAUCUUCAAGGGCCUGAGUCUUCUCUCUCUCUCUCUCUCUCUAUUCUGUCUAUUUCUCUGCCUCUUAAAACCAAAGCAAGAAAAAAACAGGCUGGACUAAACUGCCAUGAAACCCCACUGCAAGUACACUUUUCCCAAAAGCCCUUCACAAACACACUCCUAGAUGUCAACUUGGGCAACCAAUGAUGUUUGCAGCACAGACAAAAUUUGAAAAUAGCAGAACCCUCGCUGCUUGUUACGUUCACACACAUUUUAUAAGUAUGACUUCUGUAUCAUUGCUACAAUACACAUGUUCAUGCUUUAACACUAAACUUUCACACACUACUACACAGUUUCCUGAGAAAAAAAAGCAUGCGCUUAAUGAGUGUUUACCCCUGGCGAGUCUUGUUCAGAGUUUGUAAAGUGUUACUUUUUUUUUUCUAGUAGUUUUUUUGGAGGAAAUUGUCAACUUAUUUAAUGGCAGAGGAAAGGAAAUGUGUGUGUUCUUUUAUCCAGUAGCUUUGCUGCUUCAGUGCCUAAUGAACAUAAGCAUUUUAAUUUAUUUAGAUUAAUCAUCAACAUUUCAUUGAGAUGCUAUUUGGCCAGUGAGUGCAUGUAAUCAAGCUGAUCUUCAUAGAGCUGCAUUACGUCUUUUAAGCAUUAACUUGAUAAAAUUUGGGGGUUUGCAAUUCAAGAUAAAUGUUUUUAUAUUGUGAAUCUUUGAUGCAUCAUAAGUUUACAUUCCUUGUUAGAAUAGUAAACUGUGGGGGUUUUUUUCAGUGCUGUAACAGAUGAAUUGUGCUUGUCUGGAUGUCAUUGCCUUGAGUUGGCUCUUCAAUGAGAUAGCAGUAUUAUUAAAUAGGCCCUGAAAAUAAAAUAGAUUCAUGUUGAUUCAA